CUCAUCUGACUCAUUCUGAUAGAGCUCCACAGUGGUCUCGUCGGGUCUCGUCUGCCUCCUCCUCGCGGCUCGAAAAAGAGCUUCACACGCUUGAAUUCUCCGUUCGUUCUCUUAUCUAUUUUCUCGAUUGGAGAUGGCGGAGAAGCCGGCACAAGAGCAGGAGCAGAAGCGAGCGAUGGAACCGGGUGUUCUCGACGAUAUCAUUCGCCGUUUGGUUGAGUUUCGGAACACGAGGCCUGGAUCGGGGAAGCAAGUUCAUCUCAGUGAAGGCGAAAUCCGUCAGCUUUGUGCUGUGUCGAAAGAAAUCUUUCUUCAACAACCCAAUCUGCUUGAACUCGAAGCUCCCAUCAAGAUCUGCGGUGAUAUUCAUGGGCAGUAUUCAGAUCUACUGAGGCUGUUUGAGUAUGGAGGCUUCCCUCCAGAAGCUAAUUAUUUGUUCUUGGGUGAUUAUGUUGACCGUGGGAAGCAAAGCUUGGAAACAAUAUGCCUUCUCCUAGCUUACAAAAUCAAGUACCCUGAGAACUUCUUCCUGUUGAGAGGGAAUCAUGAAUGUGCAUCCAUUAAUCGUAUUUAUGGAUUCUAUGACGAGUGCAAACGCAGGUUUAAUGUCAGACUCUGGAAAGUAUUCACCGAUUGCUUUAACUGUCUUCCUGUGGCCGCCUUAAUUGAUGACAGAAUACUAUGUAUGCAUGGUGGAAUUUCCCCAGAGUUGACAAGUUUGGACCAGAUUAGAAAUAUUGCACGGCCAAUGGAUAUUCCAGACUCUGGUUUGGUAUGUGAUUUGCUAUGGUCAGAUCCUAGUGGAGAUACCAAAGGCUGGGGAAUGAACGAUCGUGGUGUUUCAUACACUUUUGGAGCUGACAAAGUUGCAGAGUUUUUGGAGAAAAAUGACAUGGACCUGAUCUGUCGUGCCCACCAGGUUGUUGAAGAUGGGUACGAGUUCUUUGCAGAAAGACAGCUUGUUACAGUAUUUUCAGCUCCCAACUAUUGUGGGGAAUUUGACAAUGCGGGUGCAAUGAUGAGCAUUGAUGAGAGCUUGAUGUGCUCAUUCCAAAUUCUUAAGCCAUCAGAAAAGAAAUCACCUUUUCUAUGACCAAUGACCACCAUGCUUCAAAUUAACAAUUAUCCAAAAGCUGUAUACUGGCAAGAGGAUCCACAAAAGGGAAACUGCUCAACUGUGACCUUAGUGGUUUCUGAUAAUAGAACAAUUAGACAAGUAGCUGUUGAGUUUCUCAAACACAGGGACAAUCUCAAAGAGAAGGAAACAACUCAGAAGUCUCUGCUGAUUUUUAGUAUUCUCUCACAACUAUCUUUGUCUAAAAUGUGUGUUUUCUUUGUCUUCUCUUUGAAUAAUCAUACUAGAUUCUCAUUUGUACUCUCUAUUUAUUAUGAAAACCCCAAAUUUCAAAUCU